GUAACACACAGCCCUGCUCAAAGAGAGUGAGAAAGAGAGAGAAAGAGAGCAGAGAGCUGAGAGCAGCGAGAGAGAGAGAGAAGGGGAAGAGAGAGAGAGACUACAGGAACGCAGUCAGUUGCCUGUGCUGCUCAGUACCAGAAACAAGGAGCUGGGGAGGAAAUGGAGGGGCUUAGGAUCAUCGGCGGGAACUGACAUUACAGACCAGGAGAGGAGAGGAGAGGGAGAACUAUCGGAGGAGAGGAGGAAAGGAAGGGGCUCGUCUGCACAACAGAAGAUUUCUAAGGAGAGAGCCCAGGGUUGAAUGGGACCCACUAUGCCGCCCAGUAAGAAGGUCAGGAGCCCCAACAGCGGAUUGGUAGCCACCCGGGGUCUGAGUCCUUUCUACAGGGAGGCGGAGGCAACAGACCUGUCCCUGUCCCUGUCGGCCUCCUUCUCCAAGGCCGAGGACGAGGAGCUCACCAGCCUCUCCUGGCUCCACGAGAGCACCAACCUUCUCAACAGCUUCUCUCACUCGGGGCUCCGCUCCGUCUCCCCCCUGCAGGACCCUGAUGGUCACCCCCUACCCCCCCUCUCCCCUUCCUCCUCCUCCCCCUCCCCCGAUCCAUGUGACUCCUCUUCCUACGACCUGGUCACGGGAGCCAAUAGGAAGCCCCCGUAUUCCUUCAGCUGCCUAAUCUUCAUGGCAAUAGAGGAUGCGCCAUCCAAGAGGCUGCCGGUGAAAGAUAUCUAUGGUUGGAUCCUGGAGCAUUUCCCGUAUUUUGCUAGCGCCCCUACUGGCUGGAAGAACUCGGUGCGCCAUAAUCUGUCGCUCAAUAAGUGUUUCAAGAAGGUGGACAAGGACAGGAGUCAGAGUAUAGGUAAAGGCUCGUUGUGGUCCAUAGAUCCAGAAUACAGACACAACCUGAUCCAGGCCUUGAAGAAGACCCCGUACCACCCCUACUCCCCGGGACUGGUUACCCCCUUCACCUCUUCUCCCACCUCUCCUCAGGCAUAUCACAGUCCUAUACUUUGGCCAAGGAGUCCCUUCUUCAGAAAGAAUGGAGUUCUCUUACAAGUUUCUCAAGGCGUGAUCCAAAAUGGGGCCUGCGUCAGGAGCCAUUGUCUGUUUCCUGUCAUCCGACCCCUACCCAUUAGCCCGGUGGGCAGAAGGACCACUGCGAUAAGGUCAGCUCUGGGGGACUACCUGACCCCCUGUGACUACCCCUCCCACCCACCCAGCGACGACGUCCAGGAGGACCACAACUACAGCAAUGCCAAAUCCCCCAGCAUGCCCUGCUCUUCCCAGGGGCCCUCCGUGUCCGACGAAGAUGAUGACAUCAUUGCAGUGGAGGUGGGAGUCCACCGAGGGGUCAAAUCCGAACCUAAAGAAGUCCCACUGGACUCUGCCUCUGUCUCCUUCCUAUCCCAGCAUGCCCGGCGACGGGGACUGCCCUGGACCAAAAACCGCCUGCGGGCCCUGGGUGACACGCUGCCGCUGAAGAAGCGCCGUUCGGCAGCAUCGGCGGAGAAGCCGCCGUCGGAGAGCGAUGAUGAGGAGAUGAACGAGGCGGCUGGGUCGUUGCUCCACCUGGCAGGCGUCAGGGCUUGCCUCAACAACAUCACAAAUCGAGCCAAGGCUGCUCAGAAAGAGAAGGAGCAGAAAGAGGCCCUCAGAAACUAACUAAUGCCAGGCCAUAGAGAGGCCUACACAUCAGGCCUGUAUACCUGGCCUACACACCUGGCCAGCACACCUGGCCUACACACCUGGCCAGCACACCUGGCCAGCACACCUGGCCUACACACAUAUCGCCAUGGCCUAGAAAGUAAUAGCUGAGACACGCCACAAAGACCAACGGCUAAAAGCAGCGGGUUGGCGUGGUGUGUUGCAAGGUGUGUUAGCAAUCACCUGCUGGGUGUUGACAAAUGGUGGAGAUUCAACAUGUAGAAAUGUUGUGAAAUUAACAGAAAAGGACAGCAGAUAUUCUGGUCAGAGUAGAUAGGAAGGACACCAGCUGCUUCUAACCAUUGGUGGUGUGUUGUGUCUCAGAUGCCUGAUUCCCACUAUAGACCCAAACUGAAGCCUAUACUGUGCUGGCUCUGAACAUGUAUUUUCAGAUUGUUCUUUCCAGCAUGGUUCCAACAGCAACUAUGGUGGAUGAGGGUAACCAGGCCAGGAAGCCUCAGUACAUCUCGGCUUGGCUCAGCUCAACUUUGGCUUCCAUAGUGUGAACAGGGUAUAUGGCCAGGCCUGAGCACAGAGGCCUUCAGUAGGACUACACGCCAGGUCUACACACUGACCUAUCAACCACCAACGGGCCAAGACAUAGAACUCUAUUCAAGCAUUAGUCUCAAUAGACAUUACUUCAUCUAUCUAUCUAUCUCUCUCUAGAUUUCUCUAGCUCUCUUUCUCUCCUCCAGGGGCAUUGGGAGAAUCCUACUUAUUUGUGGCAAUAUCAAAAAUCUCUGUUUUCCUAUACGUUUCUUAUAUGUUUCCUAUACGUUUCCUACAUGUUUCAACGCUAACUCUGAUGGGUAAUUGAUUCUCACGUGUCUCUGUUGAUGUUUUUAUGUUGUGUAAAGGGGAUGCAAGCCAUAGAAAAAUAUGUUUGUCACUAAUUAGGGAAAAACAUAGUAGAAAAGGUCAUGUUUGAGGAGAAUAGCUGACCGUUUUGUGUAAUCUGUAAGUGUCAGAGGUUACGUCUGUGAAUCUGUAGCAAAUGUCCAUUAAUGUAAGCAAGGAAGUUGAGCCAAUAAUACUUACAGUUUUAAAACUGUUAAAACUUGCUGCUGACACAUCCUACGCCCAUGAGCACAAAAUGUAAGACUGUGCCAAAGACCAGCGACCAGGUUGCCUGAUGUAGCCAAUCUGCUUACAAAGACAAAUAUAAAGGCAUAGCAACGUCAUAUAUGGUCAUGUAUGGCUCAGUUGGUAGAGCGUGGCCCUUGCACCACCAGGGUUGUGGAUUCAAUACCCGCACAAAUUGUAUUCACGCACGACUGUAAGUCGCUUUGGAUAAAAGCAUCUGCUCAAUGGCUAUUAUUACAUCAGAAGAUCUUCAGAGAAGAGACAGGAGAAUACCGUAAAUGUCUAAAUAAUUGUAAAAAUCUGUUCUUAGAAAAUCAUGCAUGCACUUAAUUUACAUUAAUUACAGCAAUUUCUAUUACCAAUAGUAAAGACAUCAUGGAGAACGGGGCACGAUUCCUUUAAGAGCACUUUUUAAUAUUUAAGGAUAAUUCGAAUUUUACUGUUACAAUGUUUUUGUUGUCAUGGUGAUGACUUAGUGCCAGGUCAGAGGCAAUAUAUCUCCUCCAUCUUGUGCUUGUUGCUCAUCUGCAUCUGAAAUGGCACCCUAUUCCCUUUAUAGUGCACUACUUUGUCCAGAGCGUCAUGGGCUCUAGCCAAAAGUAGUGCACUAUAUAGGGAAUAGGGUGCCAUUUCAGACACAGUUUCACUUAGACUAUGUCCCUCAAACUCUUCCAGUGUUUCUCUUCUAUUAAAAAGUGAAUGUCAGUUUAAAUAUGCCCCAUGUUACGACACCUGCCUAUCAUUUAACAGACUCACAAAACCAUUUACAUAAAUUGUGUAUUCGUUGUCGUUUUAUCUCUGUUUGAAAUGUUUCCCAUUCUUCCUCUACCUACUCUCAUAAAAGUAUAAGCAAUUUGUCCAGUCUGGACAACUGUAAAAAGGUUAGAAAAUAUUUUAUUUUUCCUUUCUUAAUUGAAGCAAUUUGACCUGCAGGACUUUCUCAGUUAUAUUGCAUGGGUGCUUGUAAAUAAGAUACAAAAGUAAAUCAUUUUUUAUUCAAAGAUCAUGUAAUAUAAACAAUGUAUUUAGCAUGAAGCAUGACUUAUUUUCAUAUAAACUUAGAUCCUACAAGAGAAAACAAAGUUUUUGCAGACAAUUCAUAUACCCUCAAUUGUGUUUAAUUUCAUUUAGAUAAUUUUUUUGUAGUAAAUGAAUAUUAUAUUUCUUCAGAUGAGCAGGAUUAUAAAGACAAAUCUUCUUCAGGGAGAAAUGUUAUGGGGAAAUCACUCUGCAAUUAUGAGGCCCUUCUACUCCGGGCUUUAGGUAUAACAGAUCUGGGUUUAAACACUGUUUGAAAGCUUUCAAAUACUUUGAACGACCUUGUGUGCCAGAUGGGCGGGGUUUGUACUUUGGGACUUGUCUAUUUGUUCCAUUGAGGCAAGCUCUAUCAAGCACAGCCCAAGUAUUUUAAAUGAUGUCAAAUACUGUAGUGUUUAAACCCAUGUUGGUUAGGUAUGAGGCUAGAUUGAAAAGCCUCUAGUAUGGUUUUCAGUCUUCUGCCUCUUAAAAGAUAAAUAUGUCAAUGUUCUAGUGUUUUUCAGAAGUUGUCAAUAGUGUGUGUGUGUGUGUGUGUGUGUGUGUGUGUGUGUGUGUGUGUGUGUGUGUGUGUGUGUGUGUGUGUGUGUGUGUGUUUGUGUGUGUGUGUGUGUGUGUGUGUGUGUGUGUGUGUGUGUGUGUUUGUGUGUGUGUGUGUGUGUGUUUGUGUGUGUCCAACAACCAUACACCCUUUAACAUUGUGCCUGUUCUCAAGGCUUUGUGUUCCGAUGUCUUUAAUUGACAUGAUUUCAUAUUGAACAGCACAUAUUUCUUUAUUUAUCACAGUAUUUUCUCAUUUUGUGAAUAUGUUACUUUUGGGUCCUAGAACUCAGUGUAAACUGACGGAGUAGAAGGAACUGUUUAACAUGGAAUUUAGAAUUCAUCAGAAUGUUCUGAACAAGUUCCACUGUUCUAAUUGGCUCCCUAGCCUACACCAGAUUAGCAUAGGCAAACAUUUUGUUCAAAGUUAUGUCAGAUACAAUAUAUUAAUGUAUGACUCAAUUGAGCCUGUUUUUAUGGAUUAUAUACUUUGGAAAAAUGACAGUACAAAGGAAAAGUAUUAUAUAAUGAGCGAUGUUUAAACCCUGCCAAUUGUUUAAGUUUUGAGUGAUUCAGUACAUUUAGCCCUGCCGUAGAAGAUAAUGAGCUAUAAUGAGAAUACAUUAAAGCCUUAGUCAGUUCAUGCUCUGGUAUGUUGGUACAGUAUAUACAUGCAUACAUUUACAUAUGACAUUUAUUUAACUAGGCAAGUCAGUUAAGAACAAAUUCUUAUUUACAAUGACUGCUUACCUAGAACAACAGAUUUUUACCUUGUCCGCUUGGGGAUUCAAUCCAGCAACCGUUCAAUUACUGACCCAAAGCUCUAACCACUAGGCUACCUGCCACCCAAUACUGUUCAUACAUACAUACAUACAUACAUACAUACAUACAUACAUACAUACAUACAUACAUACUGUACUUACAUACUGUACAUACAUACAUUGGAGUGAGAAUGAACAUGUUUCUGGUACAAACCGCAGAGGUAAUAGGGUUUGGACUGAGGUUAUGUGCAGAGUAGAGUCAGAGUAGAGUCAGAGAGGUCCAGAGAGUGUCAGAGUAGAGUCAGAUAGAGCCAGAGUUGGCUACAGUAGUGGUUUAGAGCAGGGUUUCCCAAACUCGGUCCUGGGGUCCCCCUGGGUGCAUGUUUUGUUUUUGCCAUAGCACUACCCAGCAGAUUCAAAUAAAUACAGCUUUGAUAAUGAGUUGGUUAUUUGAAUCAGCUGUGUAGUGCUCGGACAAAACAAAACGUGCACCCAGGGCAACAGGACCGAGUUUGGAAACACUGGUUUAAAGGAAAGGCAUAGAGUGACUACGGUAGUGGUUUAAAGGAAAGGCAGAGUGUGACUACGGUAGUGGUUUAGAGGAAUGACAGAGAGUGACUACGGUAGUGGUUUAAAGGAAAGGCAGAGAGUGACUACAGUAGUGGUUUAAAGGAAAGGCAGAGUGUGACUACGGUAGUGGUUUAGAGGAAUGACAGAGAGUGACUACAGUAGUGGUUUAAAGAAAAGGCAGAGAGUGACUACAGUAGUGGUUUAAAGAAAAGGCAGAGAGUGACUACAGGA